UUCUGAAUUGAAUUCACUCUCUCCCGUCGUCCAUCUAAUUUGCUAUCUGAUGCUGCUUUUCUCUCUCGGAGCUUACCCUUCCGCAAAUUUCGUCCCCUCAUCACACAUAGGAAAUUAUUGCCUGUUUUUAUAUCGUUUUCAUUCAAUUGGAUUCGCCCCUUUCCGCGUCCCACCCGUUGUUGGUCUGUUCAGCUGUUUUAGAACACUGUGCGUUGUCGCGCGCCCGCCAGCAUUCUCUUGGCAUAAUCAUCGACGUCGUCCGCGCGCUGCGGCUGCUGGGAAGGGAAUGGGAUGCUGCCCGAGUCCCCGACGACGAUGACGACUUGUCAGUUGACUGAGGACUUGAACUCUCGGAGGCUGCUGCCGGUGAUGGUGCUGGUGCAGCGAUCAAACUCUGAACUGAACUCGACUGCAGAACAUGCGGGAUGGAACGUGGCGUGCGGUGCUGGAAAUUGGAUAACGUGCGACACCGACCGACCGACCAACGACGAGAACGAUAGCGACUGUGCGGGAGAUUGCUGCUCUGGUUGAUGAUUCCAAUCGUGACCGUCGCCGCGGAUGGACGUGUUUCUGCCGGUUUCGGAUUGCAAAUUUACGAAAGUGGUUCUCGAGUUUGAGCUGGACAAGUGUUCCGUGUUCCGCAAAGAAGAAUCACAGGUGUUAGAGAACGAUUCGGGCGCGAGUGGCGAAAAGUUUGAGUUUGAACUAAGGAAGUUCUAGAAACUUUGGUGACAGUUGGAGAAAUGUCUCAGAAGGUUUAGAGAGCAUUAUAAAUUAGUGAAAAAUACAAAAGAAAAUAGUUAUAUCAAAACAUAAGUUAACGAAAAGGUGAUAAAUAACCAAACAAGAUAAAAAGAGGAGAGUGUCCAAAAGAAGAAGUGUUUGUUAUAACAACGAAAAGUUAACACUAGUGCUGAGGCCUCAGGUGCUGAGUGUUUCGCAUUUAAUCUACGUAUAAGAACCAGGGCAGGUGUAAAACACAGAUUGAACGCGUUACAAGCAAGGUUAACACCAUACGAAGAAAAAGAACUCAAUCUCAAACAAGGGAAGCAGUUUUUCAGGAUUAUAAGUAGGCAGGCAUCAGCCUGCAGAACUUCAACAAAAUUUUCACGGACGGGAAUAAGCUGGGUUCCGCUACAGCGGGUCGUGGAAUGUUUUGCUAUCACUGUCCUCCUUCGUUGCAUCCGGCAGGGCCACACCCACCGCGGUUACCCACGCUGGAGUACCCGUUCGCACCGACACAUCCUUAUACCAGUUAUUCCUACCACCCCGCCAUACAUGACGAAAGCUUCGUACGACGAAAACAGCGUCGAAAUAGGACAACUUUUACGUUACAACAGUUGGAAGAACUGGAGACUGCCUUCGCCCAAACCCACUACCCAGAUGUUUUCACCAGAGAGGAUUUGGCGAUGAAAAUCAACCUCACCGAAGCAAGAGUUCAGGUCUGGUUCCAGAAUCGACGAGCCAAAUGGCGCAAAGCCGAGCGACUGAAGGAGGAACAGCGGAAGCGAGGCGAUGGAUCCGAUCCGCAGUUAUUGAAUGAUAAGUUGGAAACCGAUAGUCGCGAUUCGGCCAGUCCGGACAUAACGGGCGAUGCGGACGACGACGAUAUGCGUAGCCCCAGUGCACCACCGAUGAGCCCCAGGGUAGAUUCGGAACCGGACCGACCCCAUUCCAGCACACAGAUGCACUCAACAACGCAGUCCGGAUCGAACAGUGCCGGAACCCCAUCGCCAGGGUUGAAAUUCGUCCAACAGCCCGAACUUAGCCCCUCGCCAUCGGUAUCGGCCGACUCGCCGAUCGAAGUUGGAGGACCCAUUUCGUUGACAACUUCCACGCGGGCUUCCGCGGACGAUUCCAGCCCACUUCCAACGACCAACAGCAGCAGCACAGCCAAUGGUCUAAGUCCGGUAACUGCCAGCAAUAGUACGCCCAGCUUCAGCAGCCAUCUCUUCAGCAGUUUUAGUGAAAGUAACGGUGGAUUCCGACCGGUAUUGGAUAAUGGCCAGCCAAGGACAACUCCGCCACUAUUUCUUCCUCCACAUUUGGCAUCCCUGGGAUCGCAAUUUGCCCCACCAUUGUUUCCAAAUCUAAAAGCGGCCUUCCCAAGUUUGUGUUCGUGCUGUCCAGCAAAGUCCCCGAUCACCACCGGGUCGUCGACGGCCACGUCCUCACCAACGUGCACUUCGCUAGCUCACUCGAUCGUCAGUGCCGGAACAACUCCAACCAGUAGCGGAUCGCUUGGCCCGUCAGAUCCCCGUUCGUCAUCGGUAGCUGAGCUACGCCGGAAAGCCCAAGAACACUCGGCAGCCCUGCUACAUUCGCUUCAAGCCGCAGCAGCUGCAGGCCUUGCCUUUCCCGGAUUCCAUCUGCCACCACUUUCGCUGCACACCGCUCUCAGUAGUGGUCGCAAGCCGAGUGAUUUCAUCAGUGAUCUCUCGAUGCAUCACCAUCUGAGCAGCCACGCUGCCGGACUGUCCGCCCUAGGUGCCCCCAAUCUGAACAAUAACAACCCCGCCAGCAUGAACAAUAACAGUGUGUCAAGUUUAGGUGAUUCUCCUUCCCCGACGAGACACAACGGAGACAAGUCCUCCAGUGAUUAGAAGAAAUCUGGAAAUGGUUUCGGUUCAAACGAAAAUUGUGAUGAUGAUUUUGGUAAGGAAAUCCUUGUACAUACUUAAAUGAAGCUAGGCGAAGAAAGUUCUUUGAUCGCUCGUACAUUACUAUGGUUCGUACUAAAAAGUUGAUUGCUUAGUGAGAGUAGAUUAUUAACAUUCCACGGCAACUUGCAAUAAAUUAGCAUUAGAGCAAAAGUUAGUAUUUAAAAUUACUUAAUUUAGUUGAUUAUUACUGAUAACUA